GGGCGGAAAAACGGGUCACCUUGAUUCAGCAACCGGUGAUAAUGGAUACAACGGAGAGUUCUUAACUGGCAACGGAUGGCUGCGUUAUACCCGCUCUGAUCCCCGAGUAUCAGUUGCAUUUUGGCAUAGAAAUCCAGCUCAAAGUGCAACCGCCGGUGAUGGCUCCAGCACGUGGUCUUCACGUCGAAAGUUUGGAAAAGGCAGAGAUGGAUGGUUUCGCGCUCCAACGACUCGGCAAGGUGUAUUCACUACGGACGAACGGACGACAUUUUUGUCGUAACACUUUCACAUCAGGCGCCAGUAUCCUCGCGUUCCCUAUAUGGUGAAAACGAUAGAAGUGGUGACAUCGUCGAAGUUCGUCUCCAAGUCGUCGCGUGUUCGAGUCAACCAUGGACCAGCUCACCACGCCAGUGCGGCCUCUUGGCUGGCUUCACGCCAGCUGCGCGGCGUUAUGUGGUAGUAGCCGACAGGAGUCGCACCAUGCACCGCACGGUCCAGCCAAUCACUAGCAUCCACCGCAUCCCACCUCGCAUCCAUUGGCUAAAAAACAAUUAGAACAUGUGGACCACAGCAAUAGGCUCUGAACGACUUCAAACUGAGCGUCAAGAUUGCCAUCAACUGUGGAAGCAGCUGAUGUGGAUGCAUGCAUCGCCACCAGACUCGAACGGCUGGGAGCGGCUCGAUCUUACGGGUGUAGCAGAAGUCUGCUCGUAAAUGGAUACUGUAGCAUAAUAUCGACAAGUAAAAGCCUGUACUCAAGCAUGCUUUCGAUCGUAGCAGAAAAAUCCCGGUCCGAAACGUCCACGACGGUUAUCUGGGGUGCUGACGCCCUGCGACAUUGAGGUUCACAGGAAGUGCGCUCCGUUGAUCGAUGUCAGUUGGUUUUGCUGAUUUGGUACGAGCGGAAUGCUCGAUUGAGGUGGGAUGGUUUUCGGUGUGAUCGACGACGAUAGUGCACCCGGCUCAAGUUUCCAUGCUCGAACGUGCAGUAGCUGAGGAAGCUUUCAAUGGACUUUGCUAGUUUUGUAAAACUUUUUAAGGCAGGUACCAAAGAGCUUAUAAAAACUACAUGUAGACACUGGCCAUCAUCACUACGUACCUACUGUAACGCUGCAAGGUGUCUCAACGCUCUUUGCUGAAAAUCGUUGCGAACCGCCGUAGGCGGUCUGUCGUCAGCAACCGUGAACUCAUGAUGGUCUUACUUGAAGUCUGCCUGCAGUAUUUCAAAUGCCUCAGCGUGGUGGUAAACAAACGCUA